AUGACUGAUCAACAAGCUGCCAAGCUUCCAUUUAACCCAUUUGACCCAACCAAAAUUUGGUCUCAAAAAGAUUUUCCUUUAAUUGAUGUUGGUACAAUGACACUCAAUAAAAACCCAGAAAAUUAUUUCCGUGAUGUUGAACAGGCUGCGUUUGACCCUGCUCGAAUGGUUGAAGGAGUACUUCCUUCCCCUGACAAGUUGCUUCAAGGCAAGUUUUUUGUAAACACAAAACAUAAAUUAAUAAAAAUCAGAAACAAUGCAAACAUAAAAACAUAA